UAUCUUUUUCUUCUUUCUUGUGGCUGUGGCUGUGGCUGUGGCUGUGGCUCUGCCUCUUUUCUUCUUCUUCUUCUUCUUCCUCAAAAUCUCUCUCUCUCUUCUCUGUUCCACAUUAAUGGCGGCCAAGCUUCUACCAUCAUCUCAUCUCUAUCCUCUCCCUUCCAACUCCUUCUCCGCCAUAGACCUAUCUCCACGCCCAUGCUUCGCCCGACCUCGCACUCAUUUCAAGCCUCACAGAUCGGUUACCGUCAGAGUCAGUGCGGAGCCGCUCGUCGCUCUCCAAGACCACAACAACUCCGCCUUCCUCCUCGCUGAGUCUGUCGGCUAUUCCAUGGCUAGUUACUACACUUCUCUCGGCCUCUUCGUCAUCUCCGUCCCUGGCUUAUGGUCUCUUAUCAAACGAUCCGUCAAGUCCAAGGUUGUGAAGAAGACGUUCGUUAGCGAAGAUGGGUCGAAGAAGGAGCCGAAUCAGAUUGCUGGAGAGAUCUUGUCGUUCUUCACUCGGAAUAAUUUUCAAGUCACUGAUAGAGGUGAAACCAUAACGUUUGAAGGAACGAUGGUUCCGAGUCGAGGACAAGCGGCAUUAUUGACAUUCUGUACGUGCAUUAGCUUGGCCAGUGUGGGACUUGUUCUGACCAUAACAUAUCCAGAUUUUGGCAACAAUUGGUUUUGGCUGAGCAGCUUGAGUCCCCUGGCUGGAGCAUAUUACUGGGUAAAAGCAUCAAGAAAGGAAGAAAUCAAAGUUAAAAUGAUAGUUGGAGAAGAUGGAAGGUUGGGAGAGAUUGUUGUUCAAGGAGAUGACCAACAGAUAGACCAAAUGAGAAAGGAGCUUAAGUUGAGUGAGAAAGGCAUGGUUUAUGUCAAAGGUAUUUUUGAACAAUAAUUAUUAGUUUCUCUUUUUCUUUUCCCUUUUUUUUCUUUCCUGCUUUACCAUAGUUGAAGGCAUCUUCAUGAGUCCGUAUAUUCUUGUUCCAAAAACUCAAAAUCACAGUCCAGAUUCUGGAAAGUACAACAAUUUUCAACAUAUGAAUCAUACAAAUACAUCAAAAUUUGAACA